AUGUCAUAUGAAGCUUAUGGUACUUUAAUGCAUACUUAUAUAUUAUUUUUUUAAGUGAAUAAAAAAUUAAAAGACAUAGAAUGUAGUGUUGGAGCAUUUCUAAUAGUAUAUUUUUUUUAAUUUAUUUAGUUUAAUGAAAGGCUUGAAUUCAAAUUCUUUACAGAAAGGCUUUCCAAACUAUUCCUCAAUCCCUAUAAAAGAGAUAUUUAAUAAAUAUAUGAUGAAAGAAUCUAUUAAUUAAGAGAAAAGGAAUAUGAAGAAACAAUAAGUUUGAUUCCCAAUUUGUUUAAUUUUGAUGGUAUAAUAUAAAGAGAGUUUGAAUUCUAAUAAUUUGGAAAAAAAUUUAGUAUUUUUGGAUGGGUUAAAUACUCUACCAAUGAGGCAUAUCAAUUAAAAAAAUAUUUAUUAGUUAGAUUAAGUCUUUUCAAAGGUUACAAAGAUGAAAUAAAUGUAGGUGAUGAAAUAGUUAAAAUCACAACAGAUAUAGAUCUAUCUAACAAUUAAAAUUGUGGGUAUGAUGUUAUAUCUCAUCAUUAUUGGAUUCCAUAUCCCAAUUAGAUAAAUGAAUAAGUCUUAGAAAAUAAAAUAAGAUUAAGGGAGGAUUUACCGUAUUUGUAAAUACUGGCCCAAUCGCAUUUCAUCUAAUUUGAAUAUGGAUUAGAUAGAAAAGAUUAAAGAUCAAAAUUUUAAAUAUGUUAUUUUGAUAAUUAAAAAUCAAAUCUAAAUAAUAUUAUCUUGGAAAUAGUUAAUAUUACUAUUGCUUAAAACUUGAGAGGUUAACUAGCGGGGUUUUAUUUAAAUCAAAUUAUCCUUACGAUUUAGAUAUUUAAUUAUGUAUCAAAUAUUUAUAUUUCUAGUUUGCCACUAUAGUUGUAAAACUUGCAAUGGCCCAUUAAAUUCAAAUUGUUUAUCUUUUCAUGAUAAUAAUGAACGAGUAUUUUUGGAAGAUAUUCAUUAAUGUGUAUGUCCAAUAGGAUAAUUUGAAAAAAUGAAUAAUGUUUCUCUGAUUCUAAUCUAUAUCCAACAUUACAAUAUCUGGAGAUAUAAAAAGAAUUCUAAAUUUCUUAAUGCUCAUUUGGGUAUUUUUAUUUUCCAGCAACUAAACAAUGCAUUAAAUGGUAAUAAUUAAAUAAUUAUUUAGCCCACAAUGGAGUUCCUAUAAUUUAUUUUGCAUAGAUUGCUUUUUGAAUCCUUUAAUUUGGUAUAUAAGACCUAUCUGUACUACAGAUUUCAUCACAUAAUAAGUAUCUUUAGACCAACAUGCAUAGACUUAAUAAAUCAGAUCUCCUCUUCAUUAUGAUCUUUAUUACAUUGACAGAAAUUUUCAGUUAUUGUUAUUGGAUGGAGUUUAUGAGUAUUGUGAUAUCAAAGUUCUAUUAAUAAAUGAAUGUGAAGAAUUAGAUGUUUAACAUUUAUAAAGUAAAGUAUAUGGAUUUUGUAGAAAAAAUCGAUAUUACAAAGGUUUUAGAUGUAAUUUGUUGGAUAAAGCCUGUAUUAAUGUUGAUAAAUUUGAAUAAAAAUGUCUUGAAUGUUUAAGUGGGUAUUUUAUAUCAGAUGAUGGUAAAUCUUGUUAAUAAUGUCCUAAAUCCUGUUAAAAUUGUUAAGGCUUAAACAAAUGUUCAUCUUGUAAAACGUAUUUUGGAUUAAAAAAUGGAGAAUGUGUUACAUGUGGAAAUUUUUGCAAAGUUUGCAAAAAUUAAGGUUCUGAUAGUAUUAUGUAAAGUCUGAGUUGUAUUGACAAUCAAUUAUUUUAUUUAACUUUAGAUGCAGAAAAUUGCAAAAGAAAUGAAAUAGAAAAUUGUUAAUACGCAUUUGAAGAGGCUCCAUAAUUUAUAUUUCUUAAUUCUUUAGACUAUGAUUUUAAUCGAUAUAGUUAUCCUGAUAUAAUAAACACUCUAUGUGCAAAAUAUAAAGACGGUUACUAUUUUAAUGAUUAGGAAAAAAGUUGUUUUAAAGGUGAAUUAGAUAAUUGCGAAUAAUUUUAUGAAAAACAUCAAUCAUUUUCUUUUCAGCGGAUUGGUUUAUUUGGUCCUUAUUGUAAAGAUACUUUUGUUUACUCAUUUAGUGAUUAAUGCCAGAGUGUCAAAUUAGAUUGUAUUGUUUGCUUAGUUGACUAAGAAACCCUAAAGACUGUUAAUAAUAGAAUAAUUCGAAAGUAAGCUUCAUACAUCUGUCUUGAUUGUGAAAAAGGUUAUUAUGCAGAAAAAUUAACAGGUUAUUGUUAAUAAUGUCCUUUAGAAUUACAUUGCCUAAGUUGUUAUUAAUAGAAUAAAUAUACUAAAGAUAACUGGAAAAAUUAGAUUCUUGCCUUUUACAGAAUUUACUUUAAUUUAUUUGAAAUCUAGCAUAAAUUUACAGAAUAUGGGUUAAGUUAGGAUAAGAAUGAUUAUGAGAUACUUUGUUUAAUAUGUGAAUAAGGGUAUGAAUUUCAUGGAGAUAAAUGUAUUAAAGCCUGCCCUGAAUCUUGUUUAGAAUGUUAAGUAGUGAAUUAUGUUAAUAUUUGCGUUAAAUGUCUUAAAGGUUUAAAAAAAAGGAGUAUUAGUUUAAUAGAUAAUUAAUGUGUUGAAUGCCCACAUAAUUGUUAAUUGUGUUAAAAAAGAGAAGAUAGUUAAGUACAUUCUAUUAAUCCGCUCUUCAAUAAUAUAGAAUUGUAAUUUUACUCAUACUAUUGUAUAUCUGGUUAUGGCGGAUAUUAUGAUUAAGAAUUAGGUUUAUAUUUAUAUUGUUAAGAUGGUCCAUGCUUAAAACAAAUUGUAAUCAAUUUAAAUUUAAUUUGUGGAAAACAAUAGUAUUAUGAUUAUUAUGAAUAAUUGAAUUAGUUUGAAAAUGAAGAAGAUAGAAUAAGAUUUACACAAGAAAAUAUUUUAAGUAAUCAAUUAUUUUCCUCCUCUAGCUUUACAUAAGUAAAUAAUCAUUUAAGCAAUUUAGUUUGAAACAAAAGAGCUUUAUUAGUUAGCUAAUGAAAAAUAAAUUAAACAAAUAUUAAUAAAAAUAUUCAGUCAAUAAAGUUAAAGAUGCGAAGUUAAUUAUUUAUAACAGAUUUCAUAAAAUUUUAGUUCAAAUAUUUUUUCAGCUAUGUAUUAAUAAUUAUUAAGUAAACUAGAGACAUAGAACUUGAAAUUUAUGGUUAUGGAAUUACAACAUUUAGAUUUUAUAAAUAACUAUUAUUUAUAAACUUCAAAAGAAUACAUAUUGAAGGAGUAAUAAUAGAAAUAGGUUAUUAUUAAUUUGGACCAAAUUUAUUAAGAUUUUCAAGUGUUUUUGAAUAGACUAUUGAAUUGGUUGAUUUGACAUAUUUAUAAGAUUUUAAAUUGAUUACUUGUUAUGUUAUAAUGGAAAAUGCUAUGAAUGUUUUAAUACAAAAUUUCGGAUUAAAAGAUUGCAAAAGACAAUUUCCUAUUGAAGCUUUUGUAAAGAUUAAAUAAAUAUAAUCCUAGUAGACAAUAAAAAUAUUGAAUUUUAGUAUUAAAGAUAGCAAAUUUAUGAAUAUAAAUGUAUUUUAAUUUGAUCUCAAAGAAAAUGAUAAAGUAAAAAUACUAAACUUAAGGAUUGAAACAACAAUUUUCAAUCAAGCAUUAAUAUACUCAGGUACAAUAAUAAAUUAUUAUUGUAUUUAAAAAGAAAUUAGUUAUCAGAUUUCAUAAUAAUUUUUUAAAAUUUUAAAUUAUUAAAUCAAUUUUAUAUUAUUAAUCAAUUAUAUA